CAGCACCACCAAGCGCAAGCCGCAACACUGACACCGAAAGAGAGAGAAGCCCCCUCCCAAGACAACGACAGGAGAAGACCCAUUUCCCAGAAGUGGCAGAAAGGUCAACCAUCACCAAGGAGGAUGAAGGCUCCUUUCCCCUUUCUUCAUCUGGCAUGAAAAAAACCAAAACCCGAAUGUAAACAGCUCGCUGUAUUUCCUUCUCCCCGGACAGCUUGGCUGUUGGAAAGGGAAGACUCCGCCACUGGGCAGAAGUUCUUGGCCUUGACCUGGUGGGUCACUUUGGUUACAAAGUCUGCAGGACAGAGAAGCAUUUUGACAGGUGCAGCAGUUGAACAUCUGGAUCCCCCCUCCAGCAUGGUUGGGCAGCUUAUCUUGUUGUUGUUGGCUGUGUCCGGUUCGCCAGCAAGGGUGCUGGAGGUCCGGCCAAGGAUUACUGCCGUGCUUGGCAAAGAUGUGGUACUACCUUGCUCCUACCAGGCCGCGGAGGGUGACGUGGUGUUCCAGGUGACGUGGCUGAAGCGUGGAGACGACGGGCAGAGUGUGGAGCUGGCUGUUCUGCAUUCGGAGCAUGGGGAACACAUCCAGGGUGCCUACGCAGGGCGAGUGUCUUGGCAGUCACAAGGGUCCCUGAAGAACGGCUCCAUCCUGCUGAGGAACGCGGUGCAGGCCGACGAGGGGAACUACGAAUGCCACCUCAUCACCUUCCCGCGGGGCAACUUUGAGUCCCACGUCACCCUCAAGGUCCUAGAUCUGUCAGAUGCUUCGGUCCUGGGUCAUAAGGCAGAGGAGGACUGGGUCGCAGGAAUGGAGGGGGCCUCCCUGAAAUGCGUUGGGGAUGGGAACCCUCCACCUACGUACAAUUGGACAAGGCAAAAUGAUGCACUCCCCAGUGGGGUGAAAAUAAAGGGGGACACCCUGCUGUUCCAGAGACCGCUCAGCGUAGAUGAUGGAGGGGUCUACAUCUGCCGAGUAACCAACAGCUUUGCCACCAAGGAGGCUGAAUCGACCAUCAACAUAAAAGAGAACAAGGCCAAGCAAGUGAACGUCAUGUCAGUCUCCAUGAUAGGAGCGGGAGUCAUAGCCUUUCUGCUCCUCGCCUUACUGGUCCUGGUGGUCAUCCUCAUGACCUGCUACCACCGAAGGAAAACCAAACGGAUCACCGAGAAAUAUGAAGAGGAACUGACUUUAACGCGAGAAAACUCUAUCCGGCGCAUCCAUUCAAGCCACAGCACUGACACGCGAAACCAGGGUGAGGAAGAGGGAGGACGCAGCUACUCUACCUUGUCAACAGUGCGGGAAAUCGAGACUCAGACAGAGAUGCCGCCGCCACCACCCACCCCUAUCCAGGAGAACGGGACGGAGAAGGAGAAGGAGAAAGAGGAGGAGGAAGACGAAAAUAACAUCAAGCAGGCCAUGACGCACUUCAUCCAAGAGAAUGGCACCCUCCGAGCCAAACCCACCACCAACGGCAUUUACAUCAAUGGCCGGGGACACUUGGUGUGACGCUUGUCCUUGCCGAAGAAUUCUGGGACCUGGCAAUGCACUGAAACUUCCUUCCCAUUGCCUGCUGGUGUCUCCCCCGGGUAAGGGAGCAAGCAGUCCAUAAGACUGAGGAAACUCUUCUGAGCCACUCGCCAGCUUGCCUGCAACACCAAGACUCUGCAGUUUCUUUGUAGGCCUAAACACCCUUCCUUCUCCCCC